ACACACUUGAUCUUAGCCAAAAGGCCGAAGAAAUACUUGCUCUCGUACAGUCGCCAUGACAUAACUGAGUAGUACGCUUAUGUGCAGUCACUAUGAUCUCGUCUCCGCCCCACGAGUUGUGAUGCCUGAUCAGUAUUUGCAGUAGCUCCUCCCCGAACACUCGCAUCCAUUGCUGGCAUGAUGAGUCAAGAGGAGGAGGUGGUCAUCGUGUGUGCUGCCAGAACCCCGAUCGGUAAGAACAUUCGGAUUGGUUCCUUCAAUGGCAGUUUAUCUGGCCUGGCUGCACAUCAGCUAGCUUCAGUGGUGAUAAAAGAAGUCCUGAAGAGAGGAAACAUCAAACCAGAAGAUGUGUCUGAAGUAAUUUUAGGCCAGGUUUUGACUGCAGGCCAAGGACAGAAUCCUGCUCGUCAGGCUAGCAUCAGUUCGGGAAUCCCAUAUCUGGUGCCUGCAUGGAGUUGUCAGAUGAUUUGUGGCUCUGGCCUGAAAGCAGUCUGUCUUGCAACACAAGCCAUCAUGACGGGCAGCUCCAAUAUUGUGGUAGCAGGAGGCAUGGAGAGCAUGAGCAAGACUCCGCAUGUGGCACUUUUGAGAACUGGAGUCAAAGUGGGUGAUGUAUCACUUCAAGAUAGCAUGCUUUGUGAUGGUCUGAUGGAUGCAUUUCACGGUUACCACAUGGGAAUUACAGCUGAGAAUGUGGCCAAAAAAUGGAAUAUUAGUCGAGAAGAACAGGACAAGUUUGCUGUACAAUCCCAGAGAAGGACUGAGAGGGCACAAAAAGCAGGAUUUUUUGACAACGAAAUCGUACCCGUCUCUGUCCCAACAAGAAAAGGCUCUUUUGAAGUAUCAGCUGAUGAAUUUCCUCGUCACGGCAGUAGUUAUGAAGUGAUGUCAAAACUGAAGCCAUGUUUUUUAGACGAUGGAACUGGCAGUAUCACAGCUGCUAAUGCAUCAGGCAUAAGUGAUGGAGCAGCAGCUGUAAUUCUGAUGAAGAAAUCAGAAGCUCUUAAAAGAAAUUUGAUGCCUUUGGCACGUGUUGUAUCCUGGGCACAAGCUGGAUUGGAUCCUGCUAUAAUGGGAACUGGCCCUAUACCAGCAAUAAGGAAUGCAGUGGAUAAAGCUGGCUGGACAUUGGAUGAAGUUGAUCUGUUUGAAAUUAAUGAAGCUUUCGCUGCACAGUCAAUUGCUGUUGUCAAGGAGCUUGGUUUAAACCCAGAAAAGGUAAACAUCCAAGGUGGUGCUAUUGCUUUAGGUCACCCAUUGGGAAUGUCUGGGUGCCGUAUCCUGGUCACACUUCUCUACAGUUUGGAGAGAACAGGAGGAAAGCGUGGGAUCGCUGCUUUGUGUAUUGGUGGAGGAAUGGGAAUAGCAAUAUGUGUUGAAAGGCAAUGAAUCAGAUCUGUGCUUUGAUGGCAGGAAACCUUGCACACAUAGCACUGCACAUAAGUGAGCGUGUAAUUUACACAGCUGCCUUGCCAUUAUAGAAUGAAAGAGUGAUUGCAAAUUGUUGUUAAUGAUUUGAUUAUACUCCUUCAAUAUAUUUUCCCCAAAUUUGCUUUGUUAUUGAGUCUGCAGUGCAUGCAAUUAUUAAUGUGUAAUUAAAAAGCGCUACGUAAUGAGAAAAAAGAAAUGCUGUCAAGUGUAAAUAGUGACAAAUAGCAUAAUCUUAUUACCAAAGUUUGCCAUCAACAUCUCCACUAGUAUCUCAAAAUUUGUACUGGAAGAACAAAUUCUACUCAUCACAGAACAUUAUGUUGUUUAUGGUAAGGACCCUUUUUAGUAGGGCAAUGUGUGUUUUUGUGACUUUCCACUUUGAAAUUGGUUAACAAUAAAUGGUAAUUAUCCUAUACAUGCUGCAUAGAGCAUGUACCUUGGAUGCAAAGAAAAUGGGGAAAGAAUUGAAACAAGUAACAACAAAUAAUUAGGGUCUGGAACGAAAUGAGUGAACCAAAAGAAAUCUGAGAGGACAAAUUGUAAAAUGCAUUAUUGGACGUGAUUGUCACUGAAUCAGAAUAUGCAGCCAAGUAAACAAUAUUUCUGAUCAGCAAAUUUAAUUUAUUAUGAAUUACUGUAGAUUAGAUCACUUUUACAUGCAGGUAGCAGUUGUCUUUGUUUCUGAAUUCCAUCAAUUAAAAAAAUGACUGAA